UCUGCACCUGUGGUAAUUCCCAUGACAGUUUAUUUUCUGGUUUGGACCUUCUCGGUACCCGUAGUUGAGUUGGCAGCUCAGUUGUUUUGUAGGUUUGGUAGUCAAGUUAGAAGCCUGCUUCAAGCUGUGACAUCAUGUCUGAUAAAAGUGAGCUGAAAGCGGAGCUCGAAAGAAAGAAACAACGGUUGGCACAAAUCAGGGAGGAGAAAAGACGAAAGGAGGAGGAGCGCAAGAAGGCGGACCAACAGCUGAAGGAAACUUCAGUCCAGCAGGAUGACUCCGACCUGGAGAAAAAAAGACGAGAAGCUGAGGCUCUUCUGCAAAGUGUGGGGAUAACACCAGAUGCUGCAGUUGUCCCUCCUCCCACAUCUCCUACUGCCAAAUCAGCAGGAACUCCAAGUGAAGCAGGCAGCCAGGACUCUGAUGGAGCCGUGGGACCCAGGAAUCUGCACUGGGACUCUGACCCGUCCACUCUUCAACUUCACUCUGAUUCUGAGCUGGGGCGUGUCACUCCAAAACUAGGAAUGGCCAAAGUCACACAAGUGGACUUCCCACCACGUGAAACGGUGUCCUACACGAAGGAGACUCAGACACCAGCCCCAUCCCAGCCUAAAGAAGCAGAAGAAGAGGAGGAAGAAAUCGCUCCAGCUCAACCAGUAGUCGAAGAUCAAGCUGAGGAACUGGACCAGAAGGAAGAAGAAGAAGAAGCCAAGUCAACCCCCCAUGAGCUGACAGAGGAGGAGAAACUCCAGAUCCUCCACUCCGAGGAGUUUGCAAGCUUCUUCGACCACAGCACUCGCAUCAUUGAGCGAGCGCUCUCUGAGCACGUGGACAUCUUCUUUGACUACAGCGGUCGCGACCUGGAAGAGAAGGAGGGUGAAAUCCAGGCCGGUACGAAGCUUUCAGUCAACAGGCAGUUCAUGGACGAGCACUGGUCCAAACAUCGGGUCGUUACCUGUCUGGACUGGUCGCCGCAGUAUCCUGAGCUUCUGGUCGCCUCAUACAACAACAACGAGGAGGCUCCACACGAACCAGACGGCGUGGCUUUGGUCUGGAACACGAAGUACAAGAAAGCCACGCCAGAGUAUGUCUUCCACUGUCAGUCCGCCGUGAUGUCCGCAGCGUUUGCAAAGUUUCACCCGAACGUUGUGGUUGGGGGGACGUAUUCGGGUCAGAUCGUUCUGUGGGACAACAGGAGCAAUAAGAGGACCCCCGUGCAGAGGACCCCGCUGUCAGCGGCAGCACACACGCAUCCGGUGUAUUGUGUGAACGUAGUCGGCACGCAGAACGCCCACAACCUGAUUAGCAUCUCAACGGAUGGCAAGAUCUGCUCCUGGAGUCUGGAUAUGCUCUCCCAGCCGCAGGACAGCAUGGAGCUGGUCUUCAAGCAGUCCAAAGCCGUCGCUGUCACCUCCAUGUCCUUCCCCGUUGGAGACGUCAACAACUUUGUGGUUGGCAGCGAGGACGGCUCCGUCUACAUGUCGUGUCGUCAUGGAAGCAAAGCGGGGAUCAGUGAGAUGUUUGAGGGCCACCACGGGCCCAUCACAGGAAUCGACUGCCACACAGCUGCAGGGCCAAUGGACUUCUCCCACCUGUUUGUCACCUCCUCUUUCGACUGGACGGUCAAACUGUGGAGCACCAAGAAUAACAAGCCGCUGUACUCAUUUGAAGACAACUCUGACUACGUGUACGACGUCAUGUGGUCUCCCACUCACCCGGCUCUAUUUGCAUGUGUGGACGGAGUCGGCCACCUGGACCUGUGGAACCUGAACAACGACACAGAAGUGCCCACUGCUAGCGUUAUAGUUGAGGGUAACCCAGCCCUCAACAGGGUCAGAUGGGCUCACACUGGGAGAGAGAUUGCAGUGGGAGACUCCGAUGGACGUGUUCUUGUAUAUGAGGUCGGAGAGCAAAUUGCGGUUCCACGAAACGACGAGUGGGCGCGCUUCGUCCGCACGCUGGCAGAGAUCAACGAGAACAGAGACGAUGCAGAGGAGCUGGCCGCUCAGCAUCUGGCUGCGUGAGCUCGUCGCCGUGGCUCCUUGCAGCGUUUAAGGGACCAGUUGGGCGCCUGUUGCUGCUGCCCUGUUUUCAGACAUGACUGAAGGAUAAAAGUGUAAACAUUUUCUGAUUUCCAUCACCAGUCUUCCUCAAAUAAAGAUCCAAGCGGCAAGGUUAUCAAACUGGGACACUAAUAUGAAGCCAUUUAUUUUAGAAAAUGGUCGUCUUCUCUUAAACCAUAUGCCUUAAAGUUUAACUGAAAAAUCUUUAUUCGUCAAUAUGUUGGAGCUUGUCAACUAGAGCCUUAACUUUGUGUUUUUCAAGCCAAAUAGGUGCACCGCUGCACACACUCAAACAUGUCCGUCAUGCUGUAGUUGCUCUGUUUCCAUUAAAUGUGUGGCGAACCAAUCAGGUCUCAAAUAAUCAUCUCAUGCAGUUUAAGUCAGACGUUUACUUUCACUCAUCUUGGGCCUGAAUGUGGCAUUCAUUUGAGGCUUUUAAUGAUAAACUGAACCAUUCUGUUUCAGGAUGCAUUGAUUACACAACAAACACUUUCAAUAAAUAAAAAACAAAAAAUAAUAAAAUAUUCGGUGCAAAACCGAGGUUUUUUUGGGGGUUUUUUCCACCCAGUGUGUUUUUAUGCAUGCAGAGAAACCACACUUUGUUUCUUUAGCUGGAUAUCUGAUCUCUGAUUAAUACAUUUAAAUUGGUUGGUUUUGAAUAUGGAUAAGGUCUGGCCCUUUCCACAAGUUUAAUCUUAGGCCGGUUUAUCCUUUUCAAAACCAGUUCUUAUGUGUUGUGGUUCUAAUUUUGUGUCCAAGUUUCAACCAUCUAGCUGUUGAUUUCAGGCAAAUUAAAGAAUUUGGACUUAGACCUCGUCUCCUUUAUUUAUAACCCAUUGGUGCAAGGCAUCAAUACCGCUAAACAGGCCCCUAUCAUGAUGCUGCCACCUCCAUGCUUGAGUUACUACUUUUUGCUUGAAGGUGUUGAUUUCGGAGCAGGAGCCUCUUUUCCUGAGGACGUAACGGUGGAUUUUGAUCCAUGGAUCAGCUUCCAGUUAUGUUGGAGAUUCCUGGGUUAGUCCUGAACAUCCUAACCAAUGUUCUUUCUUCUAUGGGUGUUGACGGCUAAAACUAGAGUGUGGUUCCUCUUGUUAAAAGUGACUUAUCCAAAUAUUACUGGGUUUGUGUCCAUGUAUGUGUAGAUCAGAGAAAACCUGCAUUAAAUCUGCUGUAAAGGUUGAACACUGAAUCAUUUUUCCACCGUGACAAAAGAACAGUUCAAAUAAUAGUUUAAAUCCUUAAAAUUCCCAAAUAGAUGACCUUUCCUGAGGAUGAUGAGUGUAUGUUAGUUUCUGACUGUAGCUCAUUUUGACGUAAUGUCCAGAAUUUCUACUUCGAUGCUGUUUUGUACUAAUCCUCCCGGCUGGAGUCUUGACUAACAGAUUGAUCGUGUAUGCUGUAGCUGCACGGCUGUGUUUUAUAGCUGACGUGUAAAUUUCCAGAAUGAGACAAAGCUCUGGCGGAAACAGAAUGUACGUUUCCCAGUAGAAACACUUUGAUUUAUUUCAAUAAAAUACAAUAAAUACAUUUAAAUUA